AGUACGCUAAAAGGAGUGGAGAUGCAAAACGAUUUGCAAAGUUGGAACGAGAAAUUAAAACAUAAUAAAGGUAAGAACAAACAUGCUCUUUUGUCGAGAGUCUCAAAUAUUUCAUUAUUAGAGAAAGGGCAAUUGUUAUAGUAAGCUGAAGGUGAGAUUUUCUAUUUAUUUUCUAUUCAAGAAAAUUAUUUUUAAGUUACAUGGGGCAUUAUAUCAAUAUUACAUUAACCUCGGGAGAAAAUGACAUAUUGUGGUCACAAUUGGACGACAUGAUUUAUGGUAGAAAUAAUUUGAAUAAUGUUCAAUGUUUUGAUGCAAUCAUACAUUCCGUUGAGCACACGUUUGUUAACGAGGCCGAGACCCGUAUGAUUGAUCGUAUACAACAAAUGAUGUCAAAACUACCUAGUUCGACACCCAAUUAUGAUCAAAUGCGUCAGCGAUUGAAAAAGCUCAAUGUUGUUCAAGAUUUUUCCUAUGACGAAGGUCAAAUCGACACAGAUGAUGAUAGUGAUAGUGUUCCGGCAACAGAUAAUAAACAACAGCAAUAA